UUUGUUGUGAUUGUUUUCUUUUUGUGGUGAUUGUUUUCUGAGUGAUUAUUUUUUUUGUUGUGAUUGUUUUCUGUUGACCUAAAAUGAUUCUGAGUGAUUAUUUUUUGUUCUGAUUGUUUUCUGUUGACCUAAACUGGUUAAUUUUUUUGUUGUGAUUGUUUUCUGAGUGAUUAUUUUUUUGUUGUGAUUGUUUUCUGUUGACGUAAAAUGAUUCCGAGUGAUUAUUUUUUUGUUCUGAUUGUUUUCUGUUGACCUAAAGUGAUUUAUUUUUUUGUUUUGAUUGUUUUCUGUUGAGCUAAAGUGAUUUAUUUUUUUGUUGUGAUUGUUUUCGGUUGACCUUUUGUGUGGUUGUUUUCUGUUGACAUUUUUGUUUUUUUGUUGUGAUUUUUUCCGGAUAUUUGUGAUUGUUUUCUGUUGAUAUUUUGUGUGAUUGUUUUCUGUUGACAUUUUUGUUGUGAUUUUUUUCUGGCUGAAUAUCCAUAUGGGUGAGUAAUAGAUUUUUGUGAUUGCUUUCUGUUGACAUUUUUGUUGUGAUUUUUUUCUGGGUGAAUAUUCAUUGUGAUUUUUUUUUUUCUGUUUUUUUAUUUUUUUCUGGGUGAAUAUCCAUAAUUUUUAUGAUUGUUUUCUUUUGACAUUUUUGUUGUGAUUUUUUUCUGGGUGAAUAUCCAUGGGUACGUAAUUUGUGAUUUUUAAUCUUUUUUUGCAUACUCAUUUAACCAUUUUAAAAUGAUUGUUUAAGCUUAAAAAUUUUUAAUUUUAUUUUUUGCAUACUUAUCUAACCAUUUUUUUAAAGCAACAUUCAUCUAAUUUUGCAUAAUUAUUCUAACAAAUUUUAAAAAGGUUAAGUCUUUUCAGUUGAAUUUAAAUUUUUUUGUUGUAUGGAAUGUAACAAUUUAUUUUGCAGGGUGAGUAAUUUGUGAAAGUCGUUGCUCUCUCCUCUUCUUCCGUAUUUGCAGAGACAACAUCAACAUGCUUUUUAGUUUCCGACCAAAAAAAUUGCUGCUUUAUCCUUCUUCUAUAUGUGUCCUUAGCAUUGUUGAUUGUACUGGAGGAUUUAGGUUUAGUGGUUUCACUGUGGGUUCGAGGAGAAUAGGGGCUAGGUCAUGAAAAUGGUGCUCUUAUGAAACCCUAGAGAAAUUGAUUCAAGUAUUCAAAAAGACCCGAAUAAUUGACCCGUUUACCAAGUAGAGUAUCGCGAAAUCUUCCCUCUUUUCAUUGUUAUACAAGUGUUUAUUACCAGGUACUCAAUCCAUCUUGUUUCAUAUGAAAUUUGUUUUGAUUUGAUUUGAUCUUUUUAUGGAUGUGUUUUCAGGGAAUUCAUGGCUUUUUGAAGAGUUAAUGCUUGUAUUUUCAGCUUUGAUCCAUCGUAGUCUUCGUGGAGAAUAACCUGAUUUCCAGUGGUUCUUUGUUUAAUUUGGUUCGUUUUUUUACUAAGAAUGGGGUGAAACUAGAUAAAAAAAGGAUUUAAAAAUUCUUCUCUGGAGCAUAUUGACCAGGCUUUAAUGGAGGAUUCUAGGGUUGAUGGUCGCUCUCCAAACCAGCUGAGGCCUCUCACUUGCUCACGCAAUGUGUUAACUAGGCCCCAUGGCUCUGCACGUUGGUGUCAAGGGGAUACAAUUGUGUUGGCUGCUGUUUAUGGCCCAAAAGCUGGAUCGAAGAAGAAUGAGAGUCCAGAAAAAGCUUCCAUUGAGGUGCUAUGGAAGCCCAAGUCAGGACAAAUUGGCAAAGCAGAAAGGGAGUAUGAGAUGAUAUUAACGAGAACAUUGCAGAGCAUCUUUCUGUCAACUAUUCACCCAAAUACCACUACAUCUGUUAUAAUUCAGGUUAUGCAUGAUGAUGGGGCUCUCCUUCCAUGUGCCAUAAAUGCUGCUUGUGCCGCCCUUGUUGAUGCUGGGAUACCUUUGAAAAGCCUUGCUGUUGCAAUCUGCUGUGGUAUAACAGAGAGCGGGUCAAUAAUUUUAGAUCCCACCAAGCAAGAAGAACAGGAAAUGCCAGCAUUUGCUUAUUUGGUAUUCCCAAACUCUUCCUUGGCUGUCUUGCCUGGAACUCCUCCACUUAUUGAAGGUGAACCAGUCGAACAUGGGAUCAUCACCUCUGUUACUCAUGGUGCAAUGUCAGGUGGUGCAUUUGGUGGGAAUAGGGGAUUGAAGCCUGUGCCUCCUGAAAAAGGUGUAUUUCCUUUGGAUCAUCUACAUGAAUGUGACGUGGAAAAGAAAGCAUACAUUUCUUGCCUCAAGUCAUCUAACUAUCAGUCAGAAAGAUGCAGACAAUUAUCAAAGAAGUACCUGGAAUGCCGCAUGGAAAGGAAUUUGAUGGCAAAGCAAGACAUGUCAGAGCUUGGAUUUGGCAAGGAAAAUGAUACAGAUUCGUCUAAAGUUGGAACCGUCGAAACAGUGGAAAACAGGGGCACUUAGUUUUGAAGACCAAAUAUGAACCAUUCAGUUGUAAGCAUAUGAGGAAGUUUAAACACUAAAAUGUAAAGAAUAUCAAUGAUGUUACGAGGCAGAAGUUCAAAUUUUUCGAGCAAGAAAUUUUCGCUGAUUCCAUGGAAAAGCCAAAUUGCCUCUAAUUUCAUCUCCUUUUCCAUGGACUGGUUUGGUGAUUACUUGUGUCGAGAUUCAAAGUUCAAUGGAUUUUCAAUUUUUAGAAUU